AUGUCUCAUACUGAACCGGCAGAUGCUACCCCGGCACGGACAACUGCGCCGACCGAUCAGCCCCACAACGUGCCCGACUUUGAGGUUGUCCUUGAAGCCGAUGAAGAGGAUGCCAGUUCCGACGGAGAAGCUAACAGCAUUCGGUCAUCGACUGCCAGCAUCUCAAGCUCCAUCCUUGGCUACAGAAUAGAAAACGGGAGAACCUAUCACAAAUACAAAGAUGGAAAAUACAACAUGCCCAAUGAUGAGAGAGAAAUGGACAGACUGGACCUGCAACAUCAUAUGUUCCUCCUCUCAUUUGAUGACAAGCUCGGAACGGCUCCACCCAAUGAGCCAGAGGCCAAGGUCGGCCGCGUCCUAGACGUUGGAACGGGCAGUGGGAUAUGGGCCAUGGAUUUCGGCGAUGCACACCCAGAGGCCGAGAUCAUUGGAAUCGACCUAUCUGCCAUUCAGCCGGAGUACACGCCACCGAACGUCAAGUUCGAGAUUGACGAUCUUGAGGAGCCUUGGACCUAUUCGCAGCCCUUUGGUUACAUCCACAGUCGCCUGAUGAACUCUGCAGUGAGCAACUGGAGACGCUACGUCCAGAAAUGCUUUGAUAAUCUCGAACCCGGUGGAUACUUGGAACUCAUCGAGGUCGGCCCCUUUCUCAGAUCCGAUGACGGCACUUUGAAGCCCGAACACUCUGUGAUGAAGACCCUCAUGCUUCUUGUAGAGGCCUCACAGAAGCUCGGAGCAGCAUACCAGGAUCCCAAAGAGUUGAAGUCCAUGAUGAUCGAUGCAGGCUUUACCGACGUCGUCAUGCAACAACUAAAGUGGCCCAUCAAUCCUUGGCCAAAGGAGAAGCGCUACAAGGAGUUAGGCGCGUGGAACAGCCAGAAUAUGGAUGACGGUUGGGAGGCAAUCUGCAUGGCACCGCUGACUAGGGCACUUGGCUGGACCCGCGAAGAGGUUCUUCUCAUGAUGGUGGAGAACCGGAAGGACUUCAAGGACAGAAACAUCCAUGCCUACGUAUCCAUGUGA